AUGGAAGAAAAGAACAGCCUGAAUGAAACGACAGGGAGCCAGGUGACUGAAUUUAUUCUCAUGGGCAUCACAAAUCAUCCUGAGCUCAAGGGUCCCCUCUUUGUUGUGUUUUUCCUCAACUACAUGGCUAUAGUUGUUGGGAACAUAGGCCUGAUCAUUCUAACCAGUGUUGAUUCCCACCUCAAAACCCCCAUGUACUUUUUCCUGAAGCAUCUAGCAUUUGUUGAUCUUGGCUAUUCCACAACUAUUGCGCCAAAAAUGCUAGUUGGAUUUGUAGAGGACAACAACAUUUCUUAUCAUGGAUGUGCAAUACAGCUAGUGUUCUAUGUGAUAUUUGUUGUCAGUGAACUUUUUAUCCUGUCAGCCAUGGCCUAUGACCGCUAUGUGGCUAUCUGUAAGCCCCUCUACUAUAUGGUCAUUGUGUCAGACAGGGUAUGUUGGCUCUUGGUGGCUAUCUCAUACCUCUAUAACACCAUGCUAUCUCUCCUAGUCACAAUAAAAAUUUUUAAAUUAUCUUUCUGCAAAUCAAAUAUAAUAAGAAACUUUUACUGUGAGAGUGCUCCCCUAUUGUCCAUUACAUGCUCAGAUCCAAGUGAGAUUGAACUAAUCAUUGUAACCUUUGCUGCAUUUAAUUUUUUUUCUUCCUUUCCAAUUAUCUUUAUCUCCUACAUGCUCAUUAUUGUGACCAUCCUCAGGAUGAACUCUUCUGAGGGCAGGCACAAAACCUUCUCCACCUUUGGCUCUCACCUCACUGGUGUGGUUAUUUUCUAUGGGACACUUACUUUCAUCUAUCUGCAGCCUCAAUCUAGCCAUUCCUUUGAUGUAGACAAAAUAGCCUCUGUGUUUUACACUCUGGUUAUCCCUAUGCUCAACCCUUUGAUCUACAGCUUGAGGAACAAAGAGGUGAAAGUUGCCUUGAGGAGGCUCUUUAAAAAACUCAUUUAA